AUGAUUUAUUACUCCGUGCAUUACGUGGUGACCGUACUGAGCGUGUUCCUGUAUGGUGUAUGCGUCAAGCAGGACGUCAUUUACCGGAAUUUCGAGAAUUACGUAAUCUUGGGUACACUUUUUUUUACGAUGUGUGAAGUCCCACAGCUUGCAGUGGAAGUAAGUUUACAGCCAUUACGACGCUAUCAUAUGGAUGCAGUCAUCAUUUUUUCAGAUAUUUUAGUCAUUCCUCAAGCUCUGGGCAUGAAGGUUACAAUGGUAUCAAAAGUAGGACCGGUACUACCCGAUCCAAUUCGUAAUCCUGAGGACAUUAACAAGCUUGAUUUGAAUCCCAAUAUUGAAGAUAAACUGGGCUAUAUGCUGGAUGCUCUGAACUUGGCUCGACAAGAGAUUAAGGGCGAGGUGCCGCUGAUUGGGUUUGUGGGUGCUCCUAUUACGCUCAUGUGCUACAUGAUUGAAGGUUGUGGUAGCCGUACCAAGGCGCUGUUCAAGACUUUUUUGUACCAGUAUCCAGAGGCAGCUCAUAAGCUUUUGCAGGGUAUCACGGAUGUUUGCGUGAACUUUCUGUUGGCGCAACAGCGUGCUGGUGCACAAGCGCUACAGGUCUUCGAAACGGUUGGAGCGGAGGCGCUAACCCAGGAUCACUUUUACGAAUUCGUGUUUCCGUAUCUGGUCCAGAUUGUGGAUCGUGUGAAAGCCGAAACCAAUACACCGAUGGUAUGUUUUUGUAAGGGCACGCAGUACGCAUAUGAGAAGCUCGUGACGACCAAAUAUGACUGCAUUGGGCUGGACUGGCAAUCGGAUCCUGUUGAGGUUCGCCGGCUUGCUCGCGGCCGCGUCUCACUGCAAGGGAACUUGGACUCGAGUGUUAUUUAUGCGUCUCCAGACAUUAUCUAUAACGAAGUAAAGAAAAUGCUUAAACGCUUUGGCACGCAAAAGUAUGUGGCCAACCUCGGCCAUGGCUGCUUUCCGGACAUGGAGCCAGCACAUGUGGAUGCUUUUAUCAAGGCGGUGCAGGAGAUUUCACUCGAGAUGAACUCACGUUAG